UACUCAGUUUUGAUCGAAUCGUCAAAAGCACAAUACUUGCUGCACAAUUAUGGUUAUCUGAAUUUUCAAACGUUCUACUUACAUUUAAAAGUUCUAAGAAAAUGGCUUUACUAACACAAUUUUGGGGUUUAGAUAUUUUAAUAUGUGCAUUUAGUUUAGUUUUAUGCGUUUACCUUUACGCGGUGAGAAAUUUCAACUAUUGGAAGAGAAGAGGAUUUAAAGAAAUUCCACCAACAGCAGUAUUUGGUAAUUUUACGGAAUGUUUUUUGGCCAGAAAACCUCUCGUCAAUGUUCUGAAUGACAUUUAUGAGUACGAAAAAAAUGAACCCUCCGUUGGUUUUUACGUGUUGGAUAAGCCGUACUUACUUCUUCGAGAUCCAGAAUUGAUAAAACAUGUUUUGAUUAAGGAUUUUGCUAACUUCACCGGAAGAGUAGCUGAUUCAUAUAAAACAGAUGAUGUUGGAAAGUUUAAUCUUUUUGUUUUACGCAAUCCAGAUUGGAAAUACAUACGACAAAAAAUAUCACCCAUUUUUACCUCUGGAAGAUUAAAAAAAAUGUUAGAUCUUAUGUUAGAAAUUGAUAAAGAUUUAGAUCAGUACAUGAAAACAACCGUAGGAGAAGGUAAAAUUGUUAAAUUGGAAGUUAAAGAUAUAUGCGCUAAAUUCACGACAGAUGUUAUUGGAAUAACUGCGUAUGGCAUGCGAUUUAAUGCUUUAUCCGAUGAAAAUUCUUACAUUCGCAAAGUCGGAAAGACCAUAUUUAAAAAAUCAUACAAACGUCACCUAGAAUUUUUGUCAACAUUAUUAGUACCGUCGAUUGUGGAUUUUUUUGGUUUUCAUUUACUUGGUAAGGCUUCAUCGCAAUUCCUAAGUGAUCUUUUUUAUAGAGCUAUGAAAGAAAGAUUAGACUCUGGGACCAAACGAGCCGAUUUGAUAGAUUUUUUGAUCGAUUUGAAAAAAGAGCAAGAAAAUGGACUGGCGAAAAGUGAACGAAAAAUCCAUGAUGGUCAAUUGAUCGCUCAAGCUGCAAUUUUUUUUACCGGUGGAUUUGAAACAUCUUCAACAACUAUGUCAUUUGCAUUGUAUGAAUUAGCAAAUAAUCCAGAUGUUCAACAAAAACUACGAGAAGAAUUGUUAGAUGUAUUGGAAAUGAAUAAUGGAAAAGUGACUUAUGACAUGUUGAUGAACUCACUUCCGUAUUUGGAAAUGGUCAUAUCAGAAACUUUAAGAAUGUAUCCAAUUUUGCCCUAUUUAGACAGGAAGCCAGAAAAAAAUUAUCAAUGUCCUAUAACAAAACUUGUUAUACCAGCUGGUACACCUAUAGUUGUACCAAUGAGAUCUAUUCAUAUGGAUUCUAAAUAUUUUCCACAUCCAGAGCAAUUUGACCCAAGCCGUUUUUCCGAAGAAAACAAAAUUAACAUUACACCUAAUACUUACUUUCCUUUUGGAGAUGGACCAAGAAUAUGUGUUGGAAUGAGAUUAGGAAUGAUACAGACGAAGCUAGGCUUGAUUCGCCUUAUAUCAAAUUAUGAAUUUUCACCAUGUCCCGAAACUCUGAGAGUCAUGCAAUUUGAUAAUAUGAGUGCUUUUUUGUCUUCGGCCGCUGAUAUAGUAUUAAACGUUAAACGUAUUUCAACCAGAUGAGUAAUAUGCAGCUCAGGAUGGUUAUAUAUUUUUGUUACUCUGCUUUAUGUUGUUAUUGUAUAAUCAUUAAUGUCGUAGAAACUGUGCUGAUGUAAAACAUAUUAAAUUUUACAGUAUUUUAUUAAACAUCAAAAUAGUAUAUAUUACAAAAACUAAGUUAGGGCUGCGAAAAAUGUAUACAAAAAAGUCAAAAAAUUAAUUGUCAUUUUGGUUAUACAUGUUAUUCUGCAGGUUAACUUGUUUUGUGUAAUAUUAAAGUUUUUAAUUGAAUGAA